UCCUUCUUGAGCCUUCAUUCAUUUCAUUUCGAUUCAUUAUUUUUAUCGCUUGGCGAAGAAAGGAGAUAAAAAAUUGUGUAUUUGUUUUGUUCUAGUGAAAAGUGGGCGGUAUAAAUCAACACGAAUCUCCAUGAAUUCGAUCUUUACUUAGUGUUCUUUUAAGUUUGUGCAAGUGAUGAUGCAUUGAAUUUCAAUACAAAAAUGCAUUUUUCAAUUCCUGAUCUCCAGCAAUUUCAUGACGACAACGGGAUUUCGUACACAGGCUAUAAUAUUCAUAUAGAUGGAUUUUUUCAUUGUACGGCGCGAUACAAGCAACUUCUCAGUCUGCAUGAACAGCUGCAGGCUCAAAAUUCUUUCUUAAAAUUACCACAAUUCCCUCCAAAGAAACUAUUCCUGACUAGCUCUCAACUAGAAGAGAGAAGAGUUUCGUUGGAAAAGUACAUACAGUUGGUUGGCCAAAAUCCAAUUUUAGCCAAAUCAGAUCUUUUGAUAACUUUCCUGUUCUCGGCCCAGCAAGAGACUCACUGUGUGCGAGUGCAUGAAGUGGAUAUAGAAAUAUCAUUGAUGAAUGGUUAUAGAAUACCACUCUCUGUGUCUUCCACGGAUACUUCAAGUACCAUACUGGACAUUGCAUGUAAUUACAUCAACUUGCCAAAGGAACUGACAAAGUACUUUUCACUGUAUUUGUUCAAUUGGAGUUGUGCUAAAGAUGGCCAGCCUUCGUUAAAAAUGCUUGAAGACUAUGAAUCUCCUUAUAUCUCACAAAAGUAUGUAAGGCCUGAAGAUAAAAUAGUAUUGAGAAAAAGUUAUUGGGAUUCAUGCUAUGAUGUUGAUCUCAUGAUAGACAGGGUAUCACUAGAUCUUUUGUACCUACAAGUUAUUGAGGAGCUAGAUCUAGGCUGGAUUGUGGCAGAUUCUCAAACAAAAGACAUUCUUUCAUCUUACGAGGCCAAAAAGCAGAAACGGGAAUACAUAGAGCUGGCGCGAACUUUGCGCCACUAUGGUAGAAUACCAGCUGGCGAGGCCAUGACUGAUUCCUCCAACGUUGGUGACAGCAGUGAAGGCCUUUGCCGAGUGAGGGUCUCCCUCGCGUCCAAAGAACUAACCGUCACUAGUGUGACGCAUCCGACCCGCGAACAGAAGUUCAAAGUGACCAGAAUGAGGUGUUGGCGAAUCACAACUUUGCAUCCAAUGGAGCGGCCGCAAACAAAUGGCCACGGGUCUUUGCUCGAAGAAUCGAAUAAAAACUUCGAGUUAUCGUUCGAGUACCUCGUCAGUAAGGACAACUUGAAAUGGAUAACCUUGAAGACGGAGCACGCAACCUUUAUUAGCGUGUGCUUGCAGUCGAUAGUGGACGAGUUGAUGCGUCAAAAGAACGGCACGGGUCCGACAUCGCCGCGGUACUUUAAACGCGGAAGCCUCACGUACGUGCGCCGCGAUGGAUCCAGCCAGCUCAUCACGCCGUCAUCCUCUAGCGACACGCUUAGCUCGGCGAAUGGAGAUUCCUACACAUCAGGCAGUUCAAGGGAAAUAUUUUCAGUGCAGAAGUUGGCUGAAAAGUUUUCGUCGGUCGCCUUUAAGUCCGGCCGGGACUGCGUCGAGAACAAUGCCUUCGAAGCUAUAGGAGACGAAGAGCUGUAAUGUUGAAUGAGAAACAAAUCGAAACCCUUCCAAAGACCGGUUAGUAUGUGAGAAUCAAAGUUGCCAAUAAUAUUGUAUAGUCGUAAAUUGUAUAUAAUCUUAAUGUACAGUGUCUAUGAUUAUUUCUUGAAUAUGUGUUAGAUCGAAAUCAAUUAUACGAUAAUUUAAAAGAUGAUCAAAGAGUCUUUUGAACUAAUUGGUUUUAAUAUUGAGCAAAUGUCUCUUAAUUAGUCACUUAUAAUAUCAUUAACUUUUCAAUAGUUAAGUAUCGUAAAAUGAAAGUAUAUUUAUUUAAGGAAACACGUUUCCUUUUCACUAAUUGACUUGCCAUACUAGAAUCUUGUAUUAAUAAGAAUAAAAUACAUUAUCAUGUGCCACUAGUGGUACCAAUAUGCGAAAGAUUACUACUUAAUAAUUAUGUGUUUAUUGUCUCUGAUGUAAAUUCAUUACUUUGAAGAAAAUCAUUUAAUUUAAUGAUACCAAAUCACAUUAAGUUAAAUAAGUUAACACAUUAGCACUAAUACAAUAGGUAUUUUAGUUUACUUUUGUGGUUAUACUUACCUACAUCACAGUUAAUCAUGAAUGUAGAAAAGAAUAAGUAAAAAUAUGUGUACUGUUUAAUUAUUACAUUUGGGUCCUAAGAAUGGACCCCUGUUGGUCCUCGAACCACUUUUAGAAUAAGAGAGUUAGAAACUUGUCGUAGGUUAAGGUUUAUAAUAUUGUAAUAACUUGUGAUAACUUAGACAAGUGUAACGUAAUUGGCAACAUUUCCGCCUAAUUGUAUUGCCACAGUGAGAGGGAAUAGUAAAACAUCGCGA